CUCUUUUCUUGCAUAAGAGCAGGUUAACGGUAUCGUGGAAAGAGUGUUGUGUUUCAGCAUAUUUUUAUCAUGUCCGAUUGCUUCCAUGAGCCUUACUUCCACCUACCCUCUCGCCAUAGUCGAGCAUGAAUUCCGCCUGUUAGCAGUAGGCAGCCUUGCGGUCUAUCGACCCUUUAGAUCGUCACCCAUAAGUUUUCGUCGCUCACGAUAUGGCUGAAGCUCUCAUAGCAGUAGGCCUUGCCGGGAACAUAGUUCAAUUCAUUAGCUUUUGGGGUACCUUGAUGUCCAAGAGUGAAGAAAUCUACAAAUCAACUAAUGGGGCACUGGUGGAGCAUUUGGAGCUCGAAGCCAUAACAACCCAUCUAGAUAGAUUGGUCACGGCUAUGGCGAUGAGAACAGGGCCCCCAGCGGAGACUGAGAGCGAAAAGCAACUUCAGGACUUAUGUCGUCAAUGUAGGGACAGAGCAGAGGAACUGCUUCGAGCAGUGACAAAACUCAAAGUUAACGGGAAAAGUAAAAAGUGGAGGAGUUUUCGUCAGGCCCUCAAUAGCGUUUGGAGUUCCGACCGGAUCAACUUCCUGUCUGCAAGGUUGGAGGCUUUUAGACGACAAGUUGACACUACACUUCUUGUAGUCCUUAGAGAGCAGAGCGCCCGAGCAAACCGUGACCAAGCUCAAAAGUUAGAAAGCAUCAAUGACACCCUCAUCAAUAUAGGGUUAUCUACGAAGCAGUGGCAAAAAGACCUGGUUGAAACAUUACACCGCGAAAAUUGGCAACCAGAGAAUCCUAGAGACAUUGAGGCGUUUUCAACAGAGCUGUCCAGUGCUGCAAAAGCUCAACUAGAAGACAGAGCUACUUCUAACAUUAUGCACCUGCUUGACUUCUACGAAAGACCGGACAGAUUCGAGAGGAUCAAAGAGGCUCAUACCAAAACGUUCGAGUGGAUCUUCCGGAGAGGAAGCGUACUUCAAGAGGCUGAACAACCUGCUCUCGGGCAGAUAUCUACACUACCGAGCCAAAAGACAUACUGGCAUAGCUUCGCUGACUGGUUAGAAAGUGAUGGAAGCAUAUACUGGAUCACUGGAAAACCUGGCUCUGGUAAAUCAACUUUGAUGAAAUUCAUCCAGAAUGAUUCGAGAACCGUGGCGCAUCUCCAGGGCUGGAUAUCUGGAUAUGAACUAAUCCAAGCCGGAUGGUUUUUCUGGAACUCUGGCACUGCAAUCCAGAUGUCUCGAAUGGGGCUUCUGCAAGCCCUUCUUUACCAAUUACUUGAGAAACAUCCAGAAUUAAUAGCGCAAAUAUUUCCACGUCGAUGGAAAUCUCAUGAGCUUUUUGGUACAGACCUUCGCCCCUUGACGUGGCUAGAACUCGUCGAUGGACUCAAAAAAAUUAUUCUUCAAACUCAGUUCCGAUAUUUCUUCGUCAUCGACGGUCUUGAUGAAUUUGAUGGCGACACUUCCGAGCUUCUAGAGUUGUUGAUGAAAAUAGCCGCGUCUCCUAACGUUAAGGUCUGCGUAGCUAGUCGCCCGUGGCUGAUUUUUGAGGAAGCUCUUAAAGGUCAGCCAAUGCUACAACUACAAUAUCUGACUACUGGAGACAUCGAAUUAUAUGCAUCGCAAAAACUUCUCAACAAUUCCAUGUUCGCGGCCUGGCAAACGCAAAACCAUGGGGAAGCCUUUAUGAUUUUCCAAACGAUCAAAUGCAAGGCUGCAGGGGUCUUCUUAUGGGUCUAUCUUGUCGUGUCAUCGCUCUUAGAGGGGUUACGGGAUGGCGAUAGGCCAAGCGACUUGAGAAAACGGGUGGAAGAGCUCCCCUCUGACCUAGAGGAAUUAUUCAAAAAGAUCCUGAGUAACCUUGAGCCAAGGCACUUCGACCAAGCCUCCCAACUUCUACAGAUUGUCGAAGCGGCUUUGGCGCCAUUGUCACUUUUAUCUCUGUAUUUUGCAGAAGAAGGCUUCGACAUGUCUCUCACCUCAGAAGUAAGGCCUCUAACUACUGAUGAAAUCAGUUCUAAGGUUGAAAUCAUGAGACGACGGAUUCUCAGUCGUUGUAAAGGUCUCCUUGAACCACGCUAUAUUCGAUCGGAAUCCAGUAUACAGUCACAGGAGAAUGACAAAGAAGGGGGUGAGGUGUCAUAUUUGCAUAGAACAGUCAAGGAUUUCCUCCAAAGUCAAGAGAUAUGGGACUACAUUGUGGCUGGGACUGGCAGUUCUUUUGAUCCGAAUCGUUCACUUUGUGGUGCAUGUGUCUUCCGCCUGAAGACCAUGGCGCCUGGUGAAGAUAUGAUCAGGCGCAUAUGGAGAAUUAUGCCUUUGUGCAUGAAAUAUGCGAAGGCGUUAGAGGAGAGUUCGGGCGAACCACAGGUACUUUUCCUUCAUGAACUUGACAGGUUGGCAUCUUGGUUUUUAGACGGGCCAGAAGAAAUACACGUACCCCAAGGGAACACGCUCGUUAUGUCGCCAGUGAAAGAUUCAACGCACUGGACAGAACUUGCGCCGGUACUCGUGGGCGAUGUCCAACUUGGACAAUCUUCGAGAUCUAUCUUGGAGUACGCUCUUGGUUUUAAACUCUAUCUUUACGUGGACUGGAGAUUGAGCCACGAUAUCCCGGUUACUUAUGAUUUAUGCGGACGAUCCUUCCUUUCCGGCGCGAUCGAGGGGAGAGAUCUUCCCCUAGUCGAGUUGCUGCUGAAGCAUAAAGCGGACCCAAACCGACCAGAGCCAACAGCUCCUAAUCUAUCGCCGUGGUACUGCGCAAUAAUGAUGCCAGAGUGGGACCGGUGCUGGAGAAGCGAUUCCUGGCUAUUGCCAAGUGAGGCUGUUGGACCAGCGCGCGAAGCCGCGCUAGACAAAAUAGCACGGAUUGUCGAGCUCCUUCUCUUGAAUGGCGCCGAUCCUUGGAUUACACUCCCGGCUAAGUUCAGGGAAUGUGACCAUUGUCUGCAAGUCACCUCAAGAGCGCAGCCAUUCAAUGCAGACCAGUUGGUUCGGCAAAUUUUCUCUCAGUGGAGUAAUGAGUGGACAAACCAUCUUCUCAAAUUACUUGAGGAUAAACGACGAUCUAGCCCAGGACGAUCAGCCUUAGACGUACCCAAAGAAUUCAUCUGUCUCGAAUGUCAGCGUCGGAUGUACCAACAAGUAAAAAGCCAAGAUACGGCAUUCCAAGUCUCCACUAGAAGGAGAUCACGGCUUUACAAAUGGAUGAAAGAUGUUUUCUCGUCCCCAACUAAGUAGCGACUUAUGAGAUGACCUUUCCUGGAUCGCAACAGUGGUCAGGACAGCAAUCAAGGUUACGUUGGCCUCCAGGAUGCGAGGCAUGGCCCGCGAGAAGGAGAUCCAGAGGGAAAAAGAGUAAAUAGAGAGUGGAGUUGGUCACGUUAGCGGUAAAGUUUUGGGAGUGCUCAGCUCGGAGAUUAGAACAAGACACGGAAGCCUUCCCCCACCACCAGAGCUUCCGGCCCACUUGCAAUUCACACGACAUCG